AUGGAUGAGGAUGAAUAUCUUCGUCGAGCUCUUGAAGAGAAUCUCCGCAUUACAGAGGAGCGCCAGCGGCGGAUUGAGGAUGCCCAAAGGCAAGCACGGGAAGCGGAAGAAAGAAUAAUUAGGAUAUCCGAAAGCGCUGCUCAACGAGAACAAGAAGCUACUGAGAAUGAAGCCGAAGAACUGAGAUUGGCGAUGGAAAGAAGUGUAGCAGAGGAGCAGGCCAGAGAAAGGAGGCUCGCGGGUGAGAGAGACAGACUCUCUCGCAUGGACAGAGAAUUUGGAGACAGAUCUACCGUUGCGCCGGAUGCUCAAAGCCACUCAGCUUCGCAUACGAGUAUGCCAGGCGCAUUUGUCGAAGAUGACGGAAUAACGGCGUCUCAGCCGGGCCCGAUUACGAGCCAUCCAGCGCCAGGACGCCGUCAUACAUUGCGCGAGAGCACACCGGCCCUCGAAGAAACCAGGCGUCAACCACGCCGUCAGAACAGCACGCCGUCAUCCCGACCACCCCCUGCUGCUGAGGCCACUCCACUGCAAGCCAGCACCAUCUCGCUGCCCAGCCGCAUCGCUGCUGCGGGACGGGCUCUCCCCCGACGGCGCUCCACGCAGACGAGGCGCACCUUGACGCCGGACCCAAACGCGUACUUCCUGGCCGAUAUCCUCGCGCGCUCGCGCGCCGACGCCUUCUCCAGAGGGCCCUUCCGGCCCGACGACGCUGACCCGGCGUUCGACGCGGGCUUGCAGGCGGCGAUCAACGUGUCGGCGAACCAGGCGCGCGAUGAGGAUGAGGAGGCGGUGCAGCGGAGUCGUGGAGUGCCGACGUACGACGAGGCGUGCCGCAUGCCGCGGUACCAGGCGCCUAGGGGAGCGAGGUAUGUGUUUCAGGGGCCGAGGGGGCCGGGUGCUAGUGCUGAGGGCGCGGUGAAGAUUGUGGGAGAUAUGGAUUUGAGGGAGGCGAUGAGGGUUGCGAAUCAGAAUGUGAACAGGGAUGAUGAAAGGAGAUAG